AUGGCCACCGUCAACACGAAGACCGGCCAGGCCGUUGACCGGUCGAUUCUAGACUCGAUGCUCCGUCGACGACUCUUUUACACCCCCUCCUUUGAGAUCUACGGUGGGGUUUCUGGCCUCUACGAUUAUGGCCCCCCCGGUUGCUCCGUUGUGGCCAACAUUGUGGACUUGUGGAGGAAGCACUUCGUGCUGGAGGAGGAUAUGCUGGAGGUUGACUGCACCAUGCUCACCCCGCAUGAGAUUUUGAAGACCAGUGGACACGUCGAGAAGUUCGCGGACUGGAUGUGCAAGGACCCCAAGACUGGCGAGAUCUUCCGUGCGGACCACCUGGUGGAAGAGGUGCUUGAGUCCCGCCUGAAGGGUGACAAGGAGGCUCGCGGCCAGAAGGUCGCGGUCGACGCGGAGAAGGAGGCCAAGAAGAAGAAGAAGAGCAAGGAGGCCAAGGCGAUCAAGCUGGAUGACGCCGUGGUCAAGGAGUACGAGGAGGUGCUGGCGCAGAUUGAUAACUACGGUGGACCAGAGUUGGAGGAGAUCAUCGCCAAGUACGAUAUCAGAAAUCCUACGACUGAUGGCAACCUCUUGCCCCCUGUCGCCUUCAACCUGAUGUUCCAGACUGCGAUUGGACCCAGCAGCAACAUGCCGGGCUACCUGCGUCCUGAGACUGCCCAGGGUCAAUUCUUAAACUUCCAGAAGCUGCUGGACUUCAACAACCAGUCCAUGCCUUUUGCGUCGGCUUCCAUUGGCAAGUCGUUCCGAAACGAGAUUUCUCCUCGCGCUGGUCUCCUGCGUGUGCGUGAGUUCCUCAUGGCCGAGAUCGAGCACUACGUGGACCCCGAAGGUGGUAAGAAGCACAGCCGUUUCGAGGAGGUCAAGGAUGUCGAGAUGACCCUGCUCAACCGUAACGUCCAGCUCGCUGGCAGCACCCAGGUCGAGAAGAUGACCAUUGGAAAAGCCGUUGAGACCGGCCUGGUGGACAAUGAAACCCUGGGCUACUUCUUGGCUCGCAUUCAAAUCUUCCUGCAGAAGCUGGGUGUUGACCAGAACAAGGUCCGAUUCCGUCAGCACAUGGCUAACGAGAUGGCCCACUACGCUGCCGACUGUUGGGAUGCCGAACUCCUGACCAGCUAUGGCUGGAUUGAGUGUGUUGGCUGUGCUGACCGAAGUGCGUACGACCUGACGGUGCACAAGAACAAGACUGGUGCCCCUCUUGUCGUCCGUGAACCUCGGGCUGAGCCCCUGAAGAUCGAGGAGUGGCAGAUCGAUCUCGAAAAGAAGAAGUUCGGUCCCCGAUUCAAGAAGGAUGGCAAGACUGUCGAAGCUGCCGUCGAUGCUCUUUCCCAGGAGCUGCGCGAGAAAUUGUCGCUCGACCUCGAGCAAAAUGGAAAGAUUGAAAUUGACGUGGAGGGCGUUGGCUCCGGCAAGGUCGAGCUUGAAAAGGAUAUCAUCAACAUUGAGAAGCGUACCCGGGUUGAGAACACCCGCGAGUACACUCCCAACGUCAUUGAGCCGUCAUUCGGUAUUGGUCGUAUCUUCUACGCUAUGAUUGAGCACGUCUACUGGUCGCGAGCCGGCGACGAGGCCCGUGGGGUCCUCUCCUUCCCCCCCUUGAUUGCCCCCACUAAGGUUCUCCUGGUUCCUCUUUCAACCCACGCAUCAUUCCGUCCGCUGUCGCAGCGUCUGAUGUUGAAGCUGCGCCGCAUGGGUGUUUCUAACCGUGUCGACGACUCGUCGGCCAGUAUUGGCAAGCGUUACGCCCGUAACGACGAGCUGGGUACACCCUUUGGUAUCACUGUCGACUUCCAGUCGGUCAAGGAUAACACCUUUACGCUGCGUGACCGUGACUCGACCAAGCAAGUCCGUGCCAGCGAGGAUGAGAUUCUGCAGGCCAUCAAGUCGAUGGUCGACGGCGACGAGACAUGGGAGGACAUCCGCAAGCGACUCCCCGAAUUUACUGGCCAAGACGUUGAAUAG